AUGCGGAAUCUGGCAAAGUACGAGGUGCACUACAAGAGGCAGCAGGGCUCCUGGGACUUGGUGCGCGUGGCUCCUCUGGAGCCAAGGUCUGGCACCGAUGCUGAAACGGAAGACGCAGCUUCGCCGUCCAGGUUGGCCUCCGCCAGUCGCGUCAACGGCAGCUGGGUGUCCCACGAGCUGACCGGCCUUUCGUGCGGCACGCAGUACCACAUCUACGUGGUGGCCGUGGCCGACAGGGGCCGCAGCGAACCCAGUGACACCGUGUUCGCAAGGACGAAGGGAGGAGUACCUACGUCGCCCAAGCGGGAGGCUUUCGUGACGCCCAACGCGAGCUCGCUGACCCUUCGUCCAUCCGCCUGGGCCUCGGGUCCAUCCGGCUGCCCCGUGUCGCACCUGGCCGUCGAGUACAGACCGCGCGACGGCACGGGACCCUGGACGGUGGCUUCGCGUGCCCUGCAGCCUCGAGAGGGUCCCAUGACACUGCACCACUUACGGCCAGACACCUGGUACAACUUGCGCGUCACGGUGCACACAGAGGCCGGCACGACCUCAUCCGAGUACGCCAUCCGGACGCUGUCGGCUUCUGCCACGCUCGCAGGUACUCUAACCAUUACUGAAUACGUGACGCUCAAUGACGAACUUAAGUUAACCUGGGAAUCGGCUUUAAAAAUAUGCACCGUGCUACCCGAGUUGAUGGUCGUGAAUGGCGGCGGUGGCGUGGACAGUGACCUGCCGCUGUUGGUGCCCAUCACUACCUCGCUCAGCUUGGUCCUGGCCGCAGCCACCCUCGUGCUUGCCUACGUCUGCUGCAGGAGGCGCUCAGAGCCCACAUUCGCCAAAGACCACGCAAAAGCACGCUUUGCAGGCAACCUUACGCACAUCGUCAAAGAUGUUUUUCUGCGCUCAAGCUGCCUUCGCGAGCUGUGCUAUUAG